AUGCAGCGAUUGUUGAUACAGGCACUGGCCCUGAGACAGUUGGGAAGGCUGAGUACCCGAAAGCUGCUGAACCCUGGACAGGGACCUUAUUGGACAGAAUGGUGCCCAAGGACACUACACACUCGCCAGCUGUGUGGUUCCACCUCCUCCCUGACCCUUGGGACACACAAGCUUCUUACACGCUGGAAUACAGCUAAGAGCAGGUUGGUUCUUCAUCAGGUGAGGUUCAAAAGCAGCAAGAAGAAAGGAGGAGCAACGGCUGUACAGGAAGAAGAAGAAGAUGACGAAAAGGAAAAGGACCUGGAGGACAGUGACUAUGAGGAUGAACCUGAGGAUGACCCCAGUGUACCCAAAGACUACAAAGACAUAGAGAAAUAUGUGCAGUCCUUUCGAUAUGAUGUUAUCAUGAAAGCUGGCCUUGACAUAGCACGCAAGUGAGUUGUUACAGAGUUAUGCCUUUGUUUUCAAAUGGAUGCACUCAAGGAGAUAAAAAACAAGAGGGUUGGGUAAUGGUAUCAUUAAUAUUUGGCAUCAAUAUUGGCAACAAUUUGAGGGGAUCCAAAUGGGUCGAUUUUGAGCACCUCUCUCCUGAAAGCUUUAAUGAAGAGAUUAGGUCAAAUUAUUUGAUUGAUAUGGAGUGGAAUUACUUAAAAGGCUAUGGUCUUAUCCUCAGUGGCCAACUGAUUUUUUUUGUCUUUAUUUCAGCAAAGUGGAGGAUGCUUUCUAUGGCAACAAGCUUUGGCUAAAUGGACAGAAACUGAUCAAGAAAAGUAAAUCGGUGAGUUACUUUUGUGCCUAGUAAAAUAAACAAUAUUUAUGCCAACCUUCAACAUCUUACAAGACUGUUAGGAUCCAAACCCACCCCCCGCGAACUGAAGUGGUAGAGCAGUCCAACCAACACCCUGCCUUGCUCUGGAUUGUCAGGGAAAAGUCUAAGGGCUCGAUUCAAUCCGUAGCACUGAAGAUCCGCACUAUAGCGCAACUGAAAUUUAAAGGCAAUGUUUCCGCAUUCGGAGACUGCAUUCGUGGUAAAUAACCGUAAUAUUUAAAACGUGCUUGUAAUAGCAGCCGAAGCAUCACCCAGAUGGGUGUUACACUUUUCAUGGUGGAUCUGUUCCAGCCUACCUACAGAGGAGGAGUAGCUGUGAACCUCAGAGACCUAGGUGCCUAAUGAACAGCUCCGGGCCUGCCUGUCUGAUUGUUUCUCCCUCCCUGGCCGUACCAUCUACUCCUUUACUGAACUGCAUCAUCAUCCAGCUGUAGAAGACCAUCUCCCAUGAACUGCCAGCUCCCUGAAUUUGUUUUUGUUUGUUUUUUAAAGCGACUUUGUGGCGCAGUGGUCUAAGGCACUGCAUCGCAGUGCUAACUGUGCCACUAGAGAUCCUGGUUCGAAUCCAGGCUCUGUCGCAGCCGGCCGCGACCGGGAGACUCAAUUGGCCCAGCGUCGUCCAGGGUAGGGGAGGGAAUGGCCGGCAGGGAUGUAGCUCAGUUGAUAGAGCAUGGCGUUUGCAACGCCAGGGUUGUGGGUUCGAUUCCCACGGGGGGCCAGUAUAUUUUUAAAAAAUGUAGUCACUAACUGUAAGUCGCUCUGGAUAAGAGCGUCUGCUAAAUGACUAAAAAUGUUUAUUUUUAUUUUUAUGUAAAUGUAUGAAAAGCACUAUAUAAACUAAAUCUAUACUAAACAAACAAAAAAAUGCAACGUGCAACAAUUUCAAAGAUUUUACCCAUUACAGUUCAUAAAAGGAAAUCAGUCAAUUGAAAUAAAUUAAUUAGGCCCUAAUAUAUUAAUUUCACAUGACUAGGCAAGGGCGCAGCCAUAGGUGGGCCUGGGAGGGCAUAGGCCCACCCACUUAGGAGACAGGCCCAGCCAAUCAGACUUUCGUUUUUCCACACAAAAGGGCUUUAUUACAGACAGAAAUUAUCCUCGGCACCCCCUCAGACGAUCCCGCAGGAUGUGGAGGUCCUGGCCUGGUGUGGUUACACGUGGUCUAUGGUUGUGAGGCCGGUUGAAUGUACUGCCAAAUUCUCUAAAAUGGCGUUGGAGGUGGCUUAUGGUAGAGAAAUUAACAUUCACUUCUCUGGCAACAGCUCUGGUGGACAUUCCUGCAUUCAGCAUGCCAAUUGCACACUCCCUUAACUUUUGACAUCUGUGGUAUUAUGUUUACAUUUACAUUUUACAUUUUAGUCAUUUAGCAGACGCUCUUAUCCAGAGCGACUUACAGGAGCAAUGUGACAACUGCACAUUUUAGAGUGGCCUUUUAUUGUCCCCAGCACAAGGUGCACCUGUGUAAUGAUCAUGCUGUUUAAUCAGUUUCUUGAUUAAACAGCAUGAUCAGCUGGAUUAUCUUGGCAAAGGAGAAAUGGUCACUAACACGAAUGUAAACAAAUUUGUGGUCAAUUUGAGAUAAGCGUUUUGUGCGUAUGGAACAUUUCUGGGAUCUUUUAUUUCAGCUCAUGAAACAUGGGACCAACACUUUUCACUUUGCGUUUACAUUUUUGUUCAGUAUAUUAUAACGCAGAUCUUCAGCAAUACGGAUUGAAUCGAACCCUACGUUUCUUAAUUGUACCUGUCUUUGGUUCUCUCUUCAGGUUAAAGUUGGGGACACCUUGGACUUGGUAUUGUCAGAGAACAAAGAAACAGACACUGUCACGCUUUUGAGAGUCAUCAUUAAGAAGGAAUUGGGUGAAUCCAAGGAUGGAGACCGGUCCAAAGUUGUUCUGAGGCGCUGGAAAAACUUAGAACUUCCUAAGCAGGAUGCCUUUAAACAAUGA